AUGACAAGAUACGUCCGGUUGUGUGGAGGAAUUUUUCUUGAUGACCAGUCGAGCCGAGUGACACCCACUGGCGACGACGUCGACGAUCAGAACAACUGGAGCGUCUUCAAUUAUACGCGAUCUCUACGCGGUGAGUCCAAAAUGACAAGAGAGAUCGUGCACCUUGAAAAAGGAUGUCUGUUAUCAACGUCCACUGCACAGCAUCGUGACCACAGAGUUUGA